AUGGCUAGUGUUGGCAACGCUCAUGCCAUCGCCGUCCCUGCUGGCCAGCUAGAUGCCCGCACAUAUCCGACUCCCACGUGUGACCCAAGCCAAACAGUCACACAGACAGAAACCAAGACAGUCACCUCGUGGAAGGCCCUGUUGACGAUUACUCUGGGCGGAGGCACCAAGACGGAGACCAAGACAGAAAUCUGCACCGUCACCGACACGGAGACGUGUCCGCCUCCUCCAUCGUGUAACAACCUUGGGUUUGACUGGGCAUACUACAACAACUCGGCUCGUAACACCGACACAACAUACUCUACCUUCCAUCCAGACUCUUACAAGAAGACAACUCCCAUCUAUGUGGGCACCACUUCAUAUGUUGGCGGUCUUUAUCAGGACACUGGGACAACUGGCCCCAUCUACGAUUCCAGCCGAAACUUUAAUCUCGACUUCUUUGCCCUGAACCACCACGCCUACAUCUACGCCUGCGAGGCUGGCACAUAUAGCGUCGACAUCCCCUAUGCAAACGACGCUGUUUAUCUAUGGACCGGUGCAAAUGCCUACUCUGGCUGGACAGACGAUAAUGCUGUUGCAAAGGCCCGUUACAAUCAACCAGACCAUAUCGCCGGCAAAGCUAGCUAUAAAUUCGACAUCCCGGCCAAUACCUAUGUGCCCAUCCGCUUCUUCUAUGGACAGGCGCAGUAUGGCGGAGGUUUCAACUUCAACAUUACGGCUCCGAGCGGACAAGUCAUUGUGAGCAAUCAGGAAACGUUUAGCCCGUAUGUCGUACGGUAUUCGUGCGAUGGAACUACGGCGCCCCCGUUUCCGGCAUUUGGAAAGGAAACUUGA